CACACACACACACACACACACACACACACACACACACACACACACACACACACACACACACACACAUUGCUCUCAGAGCGUCAGUCAGAAACAGUCUCUCUCUCCUGAAGACGUGCAGCACUGAAGCAUGACGGGGCUCCUGCUCCUGUGUCUGCUCCUCCUGUGUCAAGGUCAGAGGUCAUCAGCGUGCCCUCACCUCUGCUCCUGUCACGGUGGUCUGGUGAACUGCAGCAGCAGGUCUCUCACCUCCUCCUCGCUGCCCACCAGUUUCCCUGCUGAGACCACCGAGCUCCAUCUCGACACCAACCUGCUGACCACGCUCCCUAACGGCCUCCUGGAUAACUUGCCCUCCCUCCGCUCUGUCUCCCUUCAUGGUAACCACUGGGUGUGUGACUGUGGCGUCCUCUACCUGCGAGCCUGGCUGCUGCGUCGGCCCACCGGCCUCACAUCCCACCUGGGCGUCAGCUGCAGCUCCCCUCCCAGCUUGAGAGGGCGACUGGUGGUGUAUCUAACCGAGGAGGAGGUGCUGGAGUCCUGCCACUACUGGUACUGCGACCUGGCCUGGGCCUCCCAGGUGUGUCUGUUUGUGUUUGUGGUGGUGCAGGUGGUUCUGCUCGUGGCCCUCAUCGUGUUCCUGAGGAGAUUCGAGAGGUUGUCCAAAGAGGCUAGGAGAACCAAGGAGGAGAGCUUCACAGCCGGGGAGGACCCGAGGGAGAACGAGUACUCACUUAUGAAGGACAGCAGCAUCUGAGAAUGAUGACAUGCACAACUUCCCCUCUUUCUUUCAGUCUUAUCGUUUUUUCCUCCAAGUGUUAUCAUGUGGGGAAAACGCUUCCUGUCUUCAUGUGAAAUAUUCGUCCUGUCAUACACAAAAUGAUAUCAAGAAUAAUAUUUGGUGAAUAAAAUGUUAAAUAUGUAGUGAGUGGAACAUUUCACACUUCAAAAUAAACGUUUUCUCUAGUGAACCAACUAUCUCAUGAUAUUUCUAACUCCUCAUACAUAUUUAAAAUUUGAGAACUUCAUCGUAUUAAAGGGACUGUACUCACGUCAAUUUGAAUGCAGUUAUACAGUCAUGCCCCUCCUCUCUGUGUCAUGCAUUUUUACAUGUUUACAGUAUAAAGCAACAUAGUAAAUUUAUACAUGUAAAGUCUAUACAUUUUAACCCAUUUCACUCACUUCCUUUAAUAUAUUUGAAUUCAGAUGUGAAAUACGUGAUACCACAUGUUCAUGCCACGCAAUGACACACAAAGAAACGACACAGAAACUUUCCACGUGAACCAAAAACCAUGUGUUUGAAUGAUUGGAUUUCAGUUUUCUUUCUUCACAGGAUGUCUCGGUUAAAUCUACUUUUUUCUGUGCUCCUACUCAAAACUUUCAGUCGCUUUAAUUAUGGAUGUGAGAGGAAUUAAAAUAAUAAUUAAAGCUUGAACAAGAAAUGGUUAUGUCAAUUUUAUGUUUUUCUGAAGGCCCUAUAUUUUCAUUGCUAUUUUCUAUUAACCUUUUGUGUCAUUCCUUCACCAUAAAAUAUCAACUUAUAUUGACUGUAUCAUGUUUAGACUUUUACCACUUAUAAUUUUAGAUAUAUGCAUUUGAAACUGUUUUCUAAUCGAUUUAAUUGCAUUAUUGACUAAAUCAAUAAAGAUAUUU